UUCAUUCACUAUACAUUUUAACCUUCAUAAGUCCGGCCUAACUCGAGUUAACAUCACCGUGAGGGGGAAGUUCUCGGACAUGUAAGAUGUGGAAGUAACGUUAAGUGAACCACAACUCUUGUUUUCCUCUUAUAGUUGUCGCUAGGCUACAAUGCUCGCCUUCCUCAUUCCCCGCAGCUAGCGCUGGCAUACGUAGGUUAGCUAACCUACCUGACAAGGGCGUGUGCCUUUCUAAAUGAGCCUGGAAGCUAAGCUAGGCUAAGCUAAGCUGCCUAAUUUGCACCGCGUGACGAGGCGAGGAAGUUGAAGGCAGCUCCGUCCGUCCGCGCAGCCGAAGCAGAAGGUAGACAGUGAGCAGCUACACAGGCACCCAGAGAGAGAAGGUGAUGGCUGGAGUAACGUUAUCGCGUUUCUAGCUCUAUCUUUCUAAUUCACAUCAACAGCUACCCUGAGGAGGGGGAUUUUAAACCGCGUUCCAGCAUGCCGUGUCCCCGCCGGGCACCCCGAGGCUCCGAGGCUGCACUGAUGGGGCAGCAGCAGCGCCGGUCCGGGACGGUGUCUGUUUCUGUGUCUGUGUCCGUGUUGGUGGUGUCUGCGGCGGUGUUGGGCUGCUGUUUGCUGCCUCUUGGAGCGGCCAGUUCCCCCAGCCACAGUCAAGACGCGUCAAAGGAUCAGCACUCCGUGAACUCAGGACACGGAGCGACGCAGUCAGCGAACCACACCAAGAAGCCUUUCCCUGUCCUGUCGUUCGACUAUAAACAUGUUAAACAGCCCUUCGAGAUAUUCCUGUGGGUGCUGCUGGCCUCCCUGAUGAAAUUAGGGUUCCACCUGAUGCCGCGGUUGUCGUCCAUCGUCCCGGAGAGCUGUCUGCUGAUCGUGGUGGGCCUGUUGGUGGGGGGAAUCAUCAUUCUGGUGGGCGAGACACCCCCUGUUUUGCAGUCUGACGUAUUCUUCCUCUACCUUCUACCCCCCAUCAUCUUAGAUGCAGGCUAUUUCUUGCCCAUAAGGCCCUUCACUGAGAACAUAGGCACCAUCCUCAUGUUUGCAGUGGUCGGCACUCUGUGGAACGCCUUCUUCAUCGGGGGUCUGUUGUACGGGGUGUGCCUGAUAGAGGGAACAAAUUUGGGAACAGUAACGCUGCUCCCCUGCUUGCUGUUUGGAUCCAUCAUUUCAGCUGUGGACCCCGUAGCAGUUCUGGCUGUUUUCGAAGAAAUUCACAUCAACGAGCUGCUUCACAUCCUUGUCUUUGGGGAAUCUCUGCUUAAUGAUGCCGUCACAGUGGUACUGUAUCACCUGUUUGAGGAGUAUGCAGUUGGGGACCCAGUGGCUGUUAUAGAUGUGCUCCUGGGCAUCGUGAGUUUCCUGGUGGUGUCGCUUGGCGGUGUGUUGGUGGGAGCCAUAUAUGGAGUCUUGGCAGCGUUCACAUCUCGCCUCACUGCACAUACGCGCGUUAUUGAGCCGCUCUUCGUCUUCGUCUACAGCUACAUGGCUUACCUCUCUGCCGAAGUGUUCCACCUCUCUGGCAUCAUGGCUUUGAUCGCGUGUGGUGCCAUCAUGCGGCCCUAUGUGGAGGCUAACAUAUCCCACAAGUCCCACACCACCAUCAAGUACUUUCUGAAGAUGUGGAGCAGCGUUAGCGAGACGCUCAUCUUCAUAUUCCUGGGCGUGUCCACAGUCGCUGGGUCACACAGGUGGAACUGGACUUUCGUCAUUGUGACGAUCAUCCUGUGUAUGGUGGCUCGAGUUCUAGGGGUCAUCGGUUUGACAUAUGUGAUCAACAAGUUUCGUAUAGUGAAGCUGACCACCAAGGACCAGUUCAUCAUCGCCUACGGUGGCCUGCGAGGUGCAAUCGCCUUCUCCCUGGGAUUCCUGCUGAACAAAGAGCAUUUCCCCAUGAGGGACAUGUUCCUCACAGCUAUCAUCACAGUCAUCUUCUUCACCGUCUUUGUGCAGGGGAUGACCAUUCGGCCACUGGUUGACCUGCUGGCUGUAAAGAAGAAGCAGGAGACCAAGCGCUCCAUCAACGAGGAGAUCCACACCCAGUUUUUGGACCACCUGCUGACGGGCAUAGAGGACAUCUGUGGACACUACGGGCACCAUCACUGGAAAGACAAGCUAAAUCGUUUCAAUAAGAAGUAUGUGAAGAAGUGCCUCAUAGCAGGCGAGCGCUCCAAGGAGCCGCAGCUCAUCGCCUUCUACCACAAGAUGGAGAUGAAGCAGGCCAUCGAACUGGUGGAGAGCGGAGGGGGCGUCAAGCUGCCGUCUGCCAUGCCGUCCACCGUCUCUAUGCAAAAUAUCCAGCCCAAGAAGCCACCUCCGGAGAGAGCUCUUCCUCAGAUAUCAAAGGGCCGGGAGGAGGAGAUCCGGAAGAUUCUACGCACCAACCUGCAGAAAACACGCCAGAGACUGCAGUCUUACAACAGACACACGCUGGUGGCUGACCCAUACGAGGAUGGCUGGAAUGAGAUUCUGAUCAAAAGGAAGAAGAUGAUGGAGUUCGAGAAAAGGAUAUCACAGAUGAAUAAUUACCUCACGGUGCCGGCGCCACCCCCUGAUUCCCCCACCAUCGCCAGAGCUCGACUGGCCUCUGACCCUCAAGCCUGGAGUAUCAAGCCGGCGGCAGACACUGGUACCAUCCCGUCCAUUAAAGUGGACUUGGCCUCCCCUCAGACCCCUGACUCAGUCAGCAUGGUGGACGAGUUCGGCAAGCCGGCCAGCCGCGUCCCGCGGGAGCCCGAAGAGGAAGAGGAGGGGCUGAUGAUGAGGCCUCCACUCGCAGAGAAGGGGGAGAAAGAAGAGCAGGAGGAAGGAAAGGAGCAGCAACGACUCCUCCGCUGCCUGAGUGACCCUGGACCUGCUGUUGCUGAGGAAGAGGAGGAUGAGCCCUUCCUCCCCUGAGACAGCAAAGCAGAAAGAGAGAGAGAGAGAGAGAGACACUCACUGGCUGUUUAGCUGCCUUCACUGUUAAUCUCUCUCUGAAAGACGACAAACUUUUGUACUGACUUUAAGACAGACAAUUUGUGGAGGCUUUGUCCUGUUUUCAUUUGGGGAAGACAGAUUGAUGAACUUUGCAGUAAGCCAAAAUGAGAACUCAAAGGGAAAACAAAAUUGUCAGUCAACCAAAACGGAGAAUGGAAGAGAGAGAUCGGAAAUAGCCAUUUAUUUUCUAGCUUUUUCAUUCUUCUUAUUUUUUAAAACUCAAAGGAAAGCUCUGAGGAAUAUGUGGAGUAGGGAAACAGAACUAUGCAUUACCAAAGGUUCGCACUGUUGUCUCCAUUUAGAAUUCUACUUGCAUUUCUCUUUUUUUUUGCCUUUUUUUUUAAGGCUUCAUGCGUCACGUGAAUUGCUUUGUGUGGCGUGAAAUUAUCGCCUAGUGAAUUGUAUCACUAAACUAGAGACGUCAUGUUUCCAGGAGCAAUAUCAAACCAGGCUUGUGAUGACGUUUAUCGUCUGAAUCAGUCAGCUGGCACAGUCAAAUCUGAUCUGGGCUGAUUCUGAUUCUAGAGAGUUUGCUGACUGGAUAUGUGCAUCUCUCGUUCGUCACUAAAGUCUGCUAAACAAUAUUAACACAUUCUGAAAGAGCCGAGUGGUGGUUGCUGACAUUCAGUGCAUCAAGAGGGAACUUAUGAUAAAGAUAGUAGAACACUGCCUCAGAUCACUUGGUGCAUGAAAAUAAGUGGAGAAAGGGAACUAUACUUUUUUACAUGAUGUGUACAGGUCUAAAUAGGAAACUCACUGUAACCAUACAUUGAUUUUUUUUCCCAAGCCAUGAUUCAGUGAUACUGUUUUGGCCUUUCAAUAUUGAAACUAGUUGACAUGUCCAUGCUCCUGCCACUCGUGUUCAUUUGUAGCUACUGUUGUGAGGUUAGGCAAGCUUGUGAAAAUUCCAUUGAACUUAAUAAGAAAGUUCAGCACACUUUGAGCCUGAUUAGACCUUGCAUUAACAUGUGUUUAGCGUCUGGAUUGUAUCUCGACGGAUUUGGCUGGAUUCAUUUACACUUUUCACUAAAAUGCAUCCCUAGCGUGACCAGAUAAGAUCUGAUUUUAUUUUUUCCUGCUUAAAACACAUCACUACACAUUGUUUUCGCCUUACUUUUGUUUUUUUUCCCCCCUGAUAUGAGUUGACAAGCUUGGCUUGUGGCACUUCACUCAGCCUCGCAUAUCUUCUGUCUUUUGUUUCCAUGUUUAUUGUCUCACCUGCACUUGGCAGACACAUUUCCACUCUCAAAAUUGUAUACAGUAACAAAAAAGCACUCCAUUUACACUAAUUUCAAAUGUGGUGGAGAUCCGUUUCUGAACACCUCUGAACGCGGUUCGGUCGUGCAUCCUUGGAGGUCUUUACACCUGACUGGUGAAAUAAAACGUGAUCCAGUCCCCGAAAAUGCAUGUUGGUGCAAGGUGUGAACAGGCCCUUACUUUCCUUUUUCCUUGGUGCCUCUUUCCCCAAUUUUCUUCCCAAUUUAGUCGUCUCCAAUUCCACCCACUAGUUAGGCCUCCCCCAAUCAUACGAUACCACCCGCGCUAGGUGGGCGAAGGCUAGCUCAGGCUUCCUCCGAGACCUGUCAAGCACCACCGCAUCUUUUCGAACUGCCACUAAUGCAACGUCAUUGAACAGCUGAAUGCGCUCGGAGGAAAGCACCAACCGCCAGUUCUGUUACGUCAGCUAACAGACGCCCGCGCUGAGUGAUGGGGGAGGGAGAAGGGGGGCCAUCCUAUUCACCCAGAGAGCGAGGCCAUUUGUGCUCUCUUGGACUCCCGGCCACAGAUGGCUGUAGCAUCUCCGGGAAUUAAGCUGGCCUUUUCUUCUACAAUGCAAUUGCCACCAUGCCAGUAUUAGCUAAAACCACACCACAAAUGAAGCUACAUCCACACACAUGCAGAAUAAAUAUCAUUUAAAAUUAACUCUAGGAGUUUGGCAAAUUUCUCAUUAUGUUCAGUGGGAUGUUCUUGAAGGGUUGUCCAACCUCACAGUGCUCUCACAGUAGCUACAAAUAAAUGCAUUUGCAGGCUGAGCAAGGAUAGGCCAGUUCUAGGUUGUAUAACUAAUGUGGUCUACCUAUAUUGUGUUUUAACUUGUGCUCUUACUUUAUGAAAUAACAUUUUCUCUCUUUUUUGCUUACGUCAACUGUCCACUUGGUGGGAUCUGUUAUGUGUUGCCAUCUUUCUGGCUAUUUAAUCUGUCCCACUCUAUUCAUGUGUUUUCGUCUAUUCAGAGUGUUCCAGUUUCUGUGUCACGGAGGUCUUUGUGCUAACAGUUUCGGGUCUAUAGUGGGCGUGCUGGGUUAGAGAAUAUUGAGUUUACCUGCCUUACACAUGUCCGGAUGCUCUGUGAGGAUGUAAUCCCAGAUGAACUAUGCAGCGUGGUAUUUGAGGAGUGACGGCAAUGUGAUCUCCACUCACAGAGGGAGCUCCGGUUACGUGUCGGGAGCUGAGUUUCACAGGAAGUAACUUGUUUACAGAUCGAGUUCAGGAGCCUUGAUUGAGUCACUGCUGUGUAACAGGAGAGGAGAGGACAGCAGGUUCAUUUAGGAUGGUGCGGCUUCAUUGUGUGCUGAGUUCGAGAUGCUAACAGGGCUGCAUGAUAUGGUUAAAUAGCCAUAUUGCCAUAUGCUUUGCAGUAUAUUAAACACACAUUGGCCAACCCUUGAUCAGAACACCCACAGAAUCCUGUCUGGACCAUCUGUGAUGCUCAAAAUACAGUAAAAAGCAUUGAAAUUGAUUAGAGGCUCUUUUGCAGAUUGUUUUCAGAGAUAAUAUUGCACAGGCCAAUAUUAUGAUAGCAAAAUUACAUAUCGUGCAGCCUUAGUGUUAAUGUCCCUGUAUGCUACUGAAGGAAAGAGAUUCAUGUAAAGAACUGGCAGAUUUUCUAAGUCCUGUUAUUUUCUCUGUUUCCCAAACAGGAUUUCUCAGUAGAAUAGAUAACCUGUCCAAUAGGAGAAGAGCUAAGGAACAGUCUUAUUGGACAGUCCUCACUUCAGGCUUAUCCAGUUUACUGAGGAAAAUCUCAUUUUUGGAGCACUCCCAGUGUUAAGGUAGUGAGACUUGAAUGGUUUUUGUUUUGAGGAAAUGAGGCCUUCACUGACCUUUUCUUUUUUUUUCUCCCGCAUUUUGAAUCCAUAAAGUUGGUAUCCCUGGUCAGAUGUUGAAAAUAAGGAAGUAUCCUCUACAGAGAACACACUUCUGCGCAUUCUGAUGCACAAAAAUCGCAAGUUCCCUGUAGAGGCUCACUUAUUUUCACUUGGUUUAACAAAAUAUGUAAAGUGAUUCAAACUUUUGCAUACUUCCUAUUUUUAUUAGCACUUUUGAGUCUAUAUUUUUGCCUUAUGUUGCUGGAGUUGGCUAUUCAUAUCUUAUCUAAGCAAAUUCUAGCCAAUAUAUGUGAGUUUACAUUUGCAUUCUGUGUAUUUAAACAGCUGUAUACUGUAUAUAUGUGGACGUAAACCUCAGAAAAGCAGAGGUAGAAGGAGUUUAAUGUUGUAGAUCUGAGUUCGAGGGCCUUGUGUCUGUUCCUGGUGAAAUGCAGACUCUCCGAGGCUUGAACUUUAGUCUGAAACGGUGUUGUGAGCUUUUUCUGCUUUCGUUUAGCCAAAUGCAUGUUUGUCUUGUCAUGGGUUGCCUUCACACUGAGCAGAGUAAACAGUUCAGAAGUUCAGAGGAACCCUGAGUCUGUGAUAGGACUGAACUUUGGACUGCACCGGCCUCAACGAAACAUGCUCUUGUUUAGCUCAGCAGAUAGUUAUGUUUAGAUCUAAUUUAUUAAAGGAAUACUGAAGCAUUGGCUUCUAUUGUGUGUUUAAAACAAAUGGAUUUUCUGUUGUUUUACUAACAUGCCAGACGUCUCUUAUUGACUGUAUGCUACAGACACAGGACAUUAGGUUGAGUGUUUCCUUUAAAGAGAAUUGAUUCACUGCUUCAAACUUAAAUCCCUGGUCGAUUCUCGGUUUCCGACUGUGGCUCAAUGUAUACUAAUAACUCAAGUGCAUGCUAAUGAAGUACCUAGGCUUAGGAUGUGAAUAAUCAGUUAACACCCGAGGCCUUUUUGUAAUAGUUUAGACUGAAAAACAAUGGUAACUCAGCACGUUUCAGAAAUGACCAUCUUUUCUCUGUAAGCUCUUCUAGCGCUCAAGGCUAAACCCCACUGCUAAGUCUGUGAACUCUUUUCUAUGCGACCAGCAACUCCAGCACUUUCAACAAGACCGUACCUUUAAGUCCAACAUUACUAUAAGCAAUAAUUAAACGAAUUAAAGGAACAGCGAGGAAUGUUUUCGCUUGAUUGUUUGGCUCACUGCUGGUAAUUCAGCCGUGGUGUUUUUCCAGCUCAUGAGCUUCGCCAUAUAAUCUACUACCAUUUUAUCAAUGUAAUGUUCUGUCGAAUUGAAUGGAUAAUCUACUUAUCGCACCUUUAACAUGUAUAAACGUCAGGAGAGCAGCUUCGGGUGAAGCGUGUUGGUUUAUUUUUUUAAUCUUUCUCUUGAUUCUCAUUGACAUAGAGAAGAGGGGGUCCAGUUGUUGGCAUGAAUUGACCAAAAUGUCCUUCUAAACGGGUUUUUCUGGCAGGGCAAGCGCUGGCACAUUUCUGUUCUGUGUUUUACGGUGUGUUGUCGAAUCAGUCGCUUGAUUAUCCAAAUAUCAUGCCUUCUUUUUCUUAAUUAUUCUUGUUGAUUUCAGAACUAAUCCAUUGUUUUAAAGUGAUAAUGCAAAGGUGUUUGCAAUAAAAAAUAUUUUAUAUACAAGUGAAAGGAAACAUGAAAAAUCUAUAUUAUGAAAAUCUAAAAUGCUAUAUAUCAUUUAUUUAAAGACAAAAAAAAAAGCACUACAGACGUGUCCGCUGUAUUGAUCCUAGCUUCAGCAUUCCAUCCUUGUGUACUUCCAAAACAUUUGGAACUGGCAUACAGUUGUGAUCCAAUGAAAAGAAGUCUAAAUAAAGUUUUCACUGAAUAAACUUCA